AUGGGCAAUAGUCGGACCUAUGGGCCAAAGCGCGAGGAGCCAGUGAGGGGCUAUGAGGAUACUGCUAUGGAGUUUCCCAGACUGCUUGCCUUGCUGUUGGUAGUGUUGGAGUGGACCCGGCCAGGCCUCCCGUCCCCGCUGAGGCCGAUCUGUGACCCGAGGGUCCUGAACCACUUCAUCAAGGAAGCCCGAGACGCAGAAGUCGCUAUGAAGUCAUGUAGAGAAGGAUGCAGCCUGUCAGAGUCGGUCACUGUUCCCCAAACCAGAGUUGACUUGGAUGUGUGGGAGAAGAAAAAUGCACUGCAGCAAGCCCAGGAGGUGCAGUCUGGUUUAUGGCUUCUACAACAGGCCCUCGGCUUGCUACGCACCUCCGUCACCAACACAGCACUGCACAUCCACAUAGAUAACUCCAUUAGAAACCUGCUCACCAUCAACACUGUGCUGCGUAGUCUCAACAUUCAGGAAUAUAACCCACCCCCAAGUGCAGUUGGGCUUGAGGGAACAUGGAGGACAUCAUCAGCAACAGAUCUGUUUCAAGUCUACGUCAAUUUCCUGCGAGGCAAAGUGCACCUCCUCCUUUUGGGUGCACAGGCUUGUCAGCCAGAUGUCAGCUGAUCAGCCGAUCUCCCUUCUCCGAAGGACGAAGCUAAUUUGUGCUCCCAAAGGCAAAAGGAGGGACUUGACACCGUUGACCUGCACCCUGGCUGGCGUACGUGGUGUGGAAAGAAAGAUACAGCUAUUCUCGCAUACAGAGAGGAAGCUGUAAGAAAAGGACAGUCCGAGCUAGACUGUGGAUGGACAGGGGACGAUUGCACACUGGAACAUAGAUGUGAUAAAUGGUCAUGGUGAAGGACUGACCAAAAUAAGGCCUUUGGGAAGCACUGCUCCAAUAGCUCUUCUACUGGCACUCUCUUGCACUUUGUGUUUGGAUGUACUUCUGUUUGUGUAAAUCAAGACUGUGAGUUUAAAAUAUGCACAUAAUGCACAUGUGUUUGCUUCCAGCCAGACUGACCCCCAACACUCAUCUCUUUUGAGGGAAUAGUGGAGUGAAACCAGGAUAAAUGAAAAGGUUGUGACAGGUUACCCCCUUUUCAAUACCACUGCAAACAAAAUUAGAGGCCUCUCCCAACAGCCACAUUUUCCAACUGUGCCUCAAAGAAGGUCUUCCCUCAGUUUUUUUUUUAGUGAAUAUUUUUUAAUAUAUUUUUAACUGUUGUCAAAUUGCUAUUUAUACAGAUUUUCUACUUCAAAACUCACGUCUUUGUAUUUUUUUUUGUGUCAGAUGUUGAAGAUUUUAGUUGGGCUCCUUGCCUUGUUCUCAUGUGUAACACAUUUGCAAUGGUGUUGGACACCAUUUGCACUGGCAUGCUGCUGUCUUCCUUUUCAUAGACUGUGCGUAACGGUCACCGUUUCUCACGACAUGUUCUUGCUGAAUAACGGGGCAAAAGACUGAUCAGCCGACGCCGACAUUCAGUUCCAGUGAGUGAGGGAGCAGUCGAUCAGUGACGAGGGCACUACAGGAGAACUGUGAAGCCAUUUCGUCAUGAUCCGUGUCACUGUUGCUGCCUGACCAACACACGGCCAGUCACAACACACUGAUAACCACUGCCUGGGAAAAAAAUAUGGUGUUUGGCUUUUACAAUUAACAUCCUGUGAGGCUCUAAUUACAAAUAGUUUUCCAGAACGUGACGUCUAAUGGUGCCUCUUCCCUGCCUGUUGUUUGUCAAAUGGCAGACAGGCAAUCAGUUAGUGCUGGGAACUUAAGGUUUUCUAUAAAAUGGAAGCUCUAUAUUUUUCCGACUACUUCAGUGUUCUUCCUUGUUUUUUUCCUUAUUUUUAUAUCUUGUUGAGGAAGCACAAGAUGUUUUUAAGGAUGUUUGUACAUGUUCUUUCCUGUUAUUUUGUGUUGUUUUGUCCCAAAAGGU